GACUCUGAUACUACCUUGCGCAAUUACUCAAUUCCACUGCGCUGCUUGGCCCAGGCAGUGUUAUUAUCUUUGCAGGGACACAAAUCAGGAUAUACCUUCCCACUGACUGAGGAAGACAUAGAACGUGCCCAUCGCUUGCAGGACUGCCUUGAUACUGCGGCUGCUGAUAGUAUUGCAGUGUUUCAUGAAUUUGUAUAUCCCUUCCUCUCCCGUAGCAUUGACUCCAGGGGUGAUGACAAGUGGAGCUCUGUGAUAGAGUGUUUCCUGGCUUUAUACUCCCUGACGCAAGAUGGUACACACAAGAGGGCCACUGAUAUGACUCAGCCUCUUGCGAUGCUGGAGUAUCACUGCCGUGGAGCAACACUCUAUGAGGCACAUAGGCAUCAGGCAGAGUUUGGUAAUGACUUGUACCAAUCGGUGACUCACUAUUGCCUGGACAAUCUUCAUCCAGGAACAUUAACUCCAUUUACGACUCUUGUCGACUACCAACGGUUCAUCUCAUCACUUGCUUUCUCUGAGACUAAUGCGCCUAGUAUUACAAUCUCCGAUGAUGCCACCAAGUUUGCUUAUAAAGGGAAACUUCUACAGCUUGGGGAUCUCACUCAUGGUGUCCGACGCCUCUUUGAAGAUACACACAAGAUGAUGUCUGUGCUCUUCCGUGGCCAUGAUAUUCCUGUCAAUAUCCCUGAUCAUGUUCCUGAUGACAUGACAAACAACAAUCGUGACUAUAGCUGGCUAAACAAUGGAGUCUUCACAGAGCCUGGGAUACUUUGGAAGAUCCUUACAGAGGACAAGGCCCUCCGUCUCUGUCUUGUUGAUCCUUCUGGUGUUCUGAUGUGGAGUCCAGGAGCAAUGAUGGAGGUCAUGGAGACCUGUGGUCAGAUUAACAAGUCUUUGGCUGUCCUCUGCCAUGUUCUUGCUGGCCAGCCUGCUCGUGCAACAGAAUUUGUGGAUUUGAAAAUCCGUAACUCAACUUCACCUCGUGGACUGUUUAGGGAC